AUGUUCGGGCUUUAUAUGGUCAACGCCUUCCAAUCGUCCAUCACGGGCAACUUGUCCGCCUACAUUACGAGUGGCUUCGAGUCCCACUCGCUCAUUCCCGUCAUUGCCAUCGUGUCAAACGUCAUGAGCGCGGCUUCGUAUAUGCCAGUCGCCAAGGUGCUCAACCUUUGGGACCGCUCCGUCGGUCUCGCAGUCAUGACAGCUUUUGCGACGCUGGGCCUGAUACUGUCGGCAACGUGCAAUGAUAUUGGGACCUAUUGUGCCGCUCAGGUCUUCUAUGGCAUUGGCUUCGCUGGGAUGAUUUUCAGCGUCGACGUAAUCACUGCGGACACCUCGACGCUCAAGUCUCGAGGCUUAGCUUACGCCUUCACCUCGUCGCCGUACAUUAUUACCGCAUACGCCGGCUCAAAGGCGUCAGAACGCUUUUACGACAACAACUGGCGGUGGGGUUAUGGAUGUUUUGCCAUUAUUCUGCCCUUCGUCGCCGCGCCGCUCCUGGCUACUCUUCAAUACAACAAACGUAAGGCGAUCAAGAAGGGCUUGCUCGCGGAGCGAGAGAGCAGCGGCCGCUCCGUGAUUAAGUCAAUCGUCUACUACACUAUUGAAUUUGACGUCCUGGGAAUCUUCCUUCUGGCCGGGGGUCUCGUAAUCUUCCUUCUCCCUUUCUCCAUCAUUGAAGAAUACGGGAAUUCGUGGCGUUCGGCUGGAUUCAUUGCGAUGGUGAUCGUGGGCUUCUUCAUGCUCGUCGCUUUUGCCUUGGUCGAACGUUACGUGGCGCCGAAGCCAUUCAUCCCGUAUGAGCUUCUCAGCUCGCGAACUGUUCUCGGCGCCUGUCUUCUGGACUUCACGUACCAGAUCUCAUAUUAUUGCUGGGAUGAUUACUUCACCUCGUACCUCCAGGUGGUCUACGACACAUCCAUCUCUACCGCGGGUUACAUCAGCUCCAUCUUCGAUGUCGUCAACGGGGUGUGGCUUUUCGGUGUCGGUUUUCUGAUUUGCCGUACGGGACGCUUCAGGUGGCUACUCGCCCUUUCAGUGCCACUUUUCAUCCUCUUCGAGGGUCUCCUCAUCUACUUCCGGGAGCCCGGACACAGCAUCGGUUACAUCGUCAUGUGCCAAGUAUUCAUGGCCAUCGGAGGUGGGGCGAUCAUCAUCGGCGAGCAAGUCGCGGUGCUCGCGGCUUCGACGCAGAACAACAACGCCGCCGUUCUCGCCCUCCUCGGCGUGUUCGGUUACAUAGGCGGUGCGGUCGGCAGUGCCGUUUCUGGCGCGAUCUGGACAAACACCUUGCCCGGGGCGUUGCAGAAAUACCUCCCCGCGGACACCCUCCCCGAAUGGGAGGACAUCUACAACGACCUCGCCAAGCAGCUCAGCUAUCCUGUUGGAGACCCGACGCGAACGGCCAUCCAGCACGCUUAUGCUGAAGCUCAGAGCCGCAUGUUGAUCGCUGGCACCGCAUUCAUGGCGCUCGCGUUGGUUUGGGUGUUCCUCAUCAAGAACAUUAAGGUGUCCGAGCUGGAGCAGGUCAAGGGCGUGUUGUUCUGAACGUCGCCAUGGACGCAGCGAAUAUGGCCGAUAUUCGGCGCUUGAUGCAGCCUACUAAUAGCGUACGUAACGUACUUACAAAAAGGGCAUCCACUUAUUCAUAUGAAACUAACAUGAAGUCGU